UGGAAUUCAACUCUAUCUUCUUUCCAUAGAUUCUGAUCGGAUACAAAAAAAUACUUGCAAGACGUUUAGUACGGAACGGAAACUUUUUAGGUACCUGAGCACGAUUAGAUAAAACAUUAAUCAUAAGCAACAUCACGAGAAAAAAAAUCAUUUCAUCAAGUCUAAAACGAGUUUGUUAUCCAUACUCGUGAUUUUCGCUAAUACGCUAUUUUAAUAAAGUAGAUGUAAUAAAAGAAAUAAAAGCAAAUUAGUUUUGCAGCUUUGCGUGUUCUUCUCAUGAAUUAACGAACUCUUCGUGGAAAUAUUUCCACGUAACGUUGUUUCGUGUAUUUCUCCAAUAAAAAUAUAUUAACCACUGGAAUUUCACUUUUCUAUCUUUUAUUCUACUUCUCCUGAUUUCUCUUUCACACAAGAUAUUAUUUAUAUACUUUUUGGUAGAAUUAUUUAUAUAAACUUAUUUUCAAAGAUUUAGUUUUUGCUUGCGUUGUAAAGAACAAAAAGGUAUGCGUUUUUAAUUUGGAAAACAAAAGAUUAUGUUAGUUCUUUAACUUUCAAACAAAUUUACUAAAAAUAUGUAAAAUAUAAGAUUAGAUUAUGUUAACUUUUGAAUUCAGGACUAAACUCGAAUGAAUGUUUGAAAUCUUAAACAUCCGGAGCUAAAACUGCAUAGAGAAAAUGUAGUUUAUCAUGUAUUUAUUUCGUUUUUUAGCUGAGCAUUGCUUUCUAAUUCUAUUUUUCAUAUAUAUUGUAUAUGAACCUAAUAUUCCAUUUUAACAUAACAACAGAUCUUGGAUAUAUAGUUAUAUGUACCUUUUGAAUGAAUAAUAACAAUCACGCCAAAAAAAAAAAAUUGACACCUAAUUUCUUAUUCAUUUAAAAUGUUGCUCCAAUAAUCAUUUUUAUAUUCCAAAAAUUAGUAAGUAAAAAAAUCUAACAAAACAAACAAAAAAAUCUCUUCUUAUACAUCACAAACACUAUAAAUGCAUUCCAUAACCGCUACAACUCCCCACACCAGCACCACUACCGCACUACUCCAUUCUUCUCUCUUUAAGUAUCUCUAAAGUCUAAACAAGUGUACGUUAACGACAUACAAUGGCUUCCCUUCUUGUUCUCUUCGUCUUCUUCUUCAUCUCCUCUUGUUCUGCUCAAUCCUACAAUGUCUUGUCUUUUGGAGCUAAACCGGACGGAAAAACAGACGCAACUAAAGCGUUUAUGGCGGUUUGGGAAACCGCUUGUGCCUCGUCUCGUCCAGUAACCAUUGUAGUUCCUAAAGGCCGGUUCUUGUUAAGGAGCCUUAACUUCGACGGUUCCAAGUGCAAGCCUAAGCCUGUUACAUUCCGUAUCGACGGUUCGUUGGUGGCUCCGGCUGAUUAUCGAGUAAUCGGAAAUGAAGACUACUGGAUUUUUUUCCAGCAUCUCGACGGCGUCACCGUCUACGGCGGAGUUUUUGACGCUCAAGGAACUUCUCUAUGGGAUUGUAAAAAAUCCGGCAAGAAUUGCCCCAGCGGAGCCACGACUAUAGGGUUUCAAAGCUCAAGCAACGUCGUGGUUUCCGGGCUGACGUCACUCAACAGCCAGAUGUUCCACGUCGUCAUCAACGGUUGCAACAACGUAAAGCUUCAAGGAGUUAAAGUAUUAGCCGCAGGAGACAGCCCCAACACAGACGGUAUCCACGUUCAGUCUUCCUCAACCGUCUCUAUCUUCAAUACAAAAAUUUCCACCGGCGACGAUUGUGUCUCCAUCGGUCCAGGAACUAACGGUCUAUGGAUCGAAAAUGUCGCAUGUGGUCCGGGUCACGGCAUCAGCAUUGGGAGCUUGGGGAAAGAUAGCGUGGAGGAAGGUGUACAGAACGUGACAGUUAAAACGGUGACGUUUACGGGAACAGAUAACGGAGUCAGGAUCAAAUCAUGGGCCAGGCCCAGUAGUGGAUUCGCUAGGGACAUCCGUUUUCAACAUUGUGUUAUGAACAACGUAGGGAACCCAAUCCUUAUCGACCAAAACUAUUGUCCUCGUAACGAAAAUUGCCCUCGCCAGGUUUCGGGUAUCAAAAUCAGCGAUGUGUUGUUCGUAGAUAUACAUGGAACAUCGGCGACUGAAGUUGGAGUGAAACUUGAUUGUAGUCCAAAGAAACCGUGUACCGGAAUUAGACUUGAGGAUGUGAAAUUAACGUACCGGAAUAAACCGGCUGCAUCGGCUUGUGUUCACGCAGGAGGAAUCGAAGCCGGAUUUCUUCAGCCAAACUGCCUUUGACAACAACAAUAUAUAUAUAUAAGAUUACUUAAAGUUUAUUAGCAGUGAUAUUGUAAAUUAUAGUUUCCUUGUUUAUGUUCCAAUACAUAUGGCUCGGGAUCACACGGAUGGAAGUUAAAAUGCAUGAGCCUGUGGCGUUUGAAGGCACACUUGAGCCUAGAGCCUGGCCUUGCUUAGUUGCUUUGUAGAUUAUAGUCCAUUGCAACCAUUGAUCGUUUUGAUAUGUGUUGUGGAAGUUGUGUUGUUAUUGAUUAAAUUUAAUAUUAAUCUCCUUUUUCUGUUUUGGAGACUUUCUUUAUGAAUUAUAGGUUUAAUUUUUAUAUUAUUUAUAGAUUUUACAGUUGCAUUUUUGUUAAUAAUACAAAAUAUUAAAAGACAAGCCUCCUCAAUUUCGCGCCAUUUCCCUUGUGUUUGUAUUACCAUGGUGGCUAGUUUGUUUCGGUUGGCAAAUGAGGCUUGCAUUGUUCUAGUGGCUCCGUAUUUUACUCUUCUAUGUAAAGAAAAUGUGUACUUGUUUUUUCCUUGAGAAAGGGCCUUCUAAAAUGUGUAAUUAUUUUAAGUCACUGUAAUUUAACUUUUAAACUUCAAAGUGGAAUAUUCAUAGAUAUUAAAUUCGAUCACUUUUUAUUGAUGCAUAUCAUUUUACUAUAUGAACCUAGGUGAGUUUUGGGUGGGGCAAAUGCCACAUACAAAAAAAAAAGAUUCAUUAGCUUUUUUGAAAACUGAGAAAAUGCCCCAUGCACACUAGGUUGAAAACUUUGUUAUCUAAAUGGUGUGCCACAUGUUGUCACAUUUUCUGGAUCCGCCCCCGGUUAAAUAGAUUUUUUAAUUCAUUGAACAUAGUCCACAAAAUUGAUUUUUCACAAAAUUGAUUUUUCACAAAAUUGAUGUUUCUGACUGGCCAAAAGCAAAUAAUAUCUUUUUGAACAUACACAAACAAAGAUACUACAUGGAUAAAAAAAAUCAAGAAACUGAAUCUUACGUAAUGAAGUGUAAAUUUAACGCAUAUGAUAUACGAAUCUCGUGGCACCACAAGAAAAUGAUACAUCCUUUGUUUAAUGCAUGUUUCCUGUAUUUUACAAUUAUUACAUUUAUUUAAUACUUCAUGUAUUGUUUUGAAUGUGCAUCCCCACAUGGUUGGGUUAACGGAAUGAUUCUAGGUUUUCUUAUUCAUAUUGCUAAAAAUAUCAAUCCAUCGUAUCUCGAUUGGUAAAUCCACAUUCGACUAAAAUCAACCAUUAUUUUCCAAAUUUCCCUUAGUGUUUUGGCUAAAUUCUAGAAAUCAAUUUUUCAAACAAAAAAAAACGGUCUAGAAUUCAACCAUUUAUCCACUGACCUUGAAAUUUAUAAAGUGAUUUUAAUUAUAUUUAAUCAAUGCUUACUUAAAAACAAAAAUAUUAUAUAAGCUUCCUAUUAUUAGGACUAGGUAAGGAACCCCGUGCGAUAUCGCACGGGAACUCAUUUUAUAAAAACAAAUAAACCAUACUUUAUUAUUCCAAAGUAAACCACUAUGAAUAAUAGUUCCAAGAUUAUCAUAGUUGUAAUAAUUCAUCUCUAAAUAUUACCAUCAGUAUUAGUUGCAAUGGUUCAUACAAAUAUAAUAUUAUAAAAUAACUAAAUUAUCCAAAAUUAAAUUAUCAAAAUAUUUUUAGCCAAUUUAAAUAUUUUUAAAUGCAUAUAAAAUAGAUAUGAAAAUAAACUAAAAGAUAACUCAUUAACACUUUAACUUAGCAAAAAAAACUCAUUAACACUUUAUGCCAAGUCUAUAAUGUUGGGGUGACUUCGCCGGAAGGAAUUGUUGUUAGAAUAUAGAUUGUUUCUUCUUGAAAAAGACAAUACAAAAGUUUUACCUUUUUUUUUUUUAACUGAACAAAAGUUUUACUUGUGAAAUAGAAGAAAACAAAUUACGUUUGUAACGACAUGCUCUGUUUCAUGACUGAGAAACAGUAUGAAAGAAAAUUAAAUUUAUUAAUCUAUUGUUGUUCACAUACACACACGGUAAUUUCUACAUAUCAUGUUUUGAUCUAUAUAUAGAGAUCAAAGGUUGUGAAGAAGAGAGAUGACUCUUAACCUAAGAGACACAACUAUCCAAUCUAAAGUCACGACUCGUACACACACCUUUUAAUACAACAUUAUUACUUAGUAAUAUACGACAAAAAAACUCAAUUGCAAACUAACAAGGAGAAAAAAACGUUUGCCGGCCGAUGACCACAUCGAUGAAGGGGGAGAUGCUUUGUAACUCUAUUUUUAUUCCUUUCUCUACUUCUCAAAAGCCAUAAAAAAACCAGUGAUAAAACUCACUGUAUUGAUUCCAAUUAUCAACAAGUCAAUUAUGGGGCUGUUACUUAGAAAGAAGGGAGAUUCGACAGAAGGGAGAAGAAGAAAGACGUUAUAACGUGGCAUCUCAUAAUUUAUUUAUUUCAUUUUUUAAUUAAAAAAUUAUUUGCUAAUUCUGCUAUUUAACCUUUUUUUUAAAUAUGUAAAUUUGUGCAACCAAUCUACACUAAGUUAACCGUUCCUAUAUUAAGUAAAGUUAAAUAAUCUACCAAAAAACAUACCUUCACGAUUUUAAAAUACGGAAGGAAGACUAAAAGAAUAGAAAAUAAGAUGAAAAAUGAAUAUAAAUGCAAACCCAGAAGAACAACAGUAUGACAAGAGAAAAAAAAACUAUAUACAUAUAUAUAUAUAUAUAUUUUUUAAAAAAUCUGCUUUAAAAAGUUCAAUAUAUAGAAACCUGAAAAGGUACAUCGUUUACUGCUCUAGAAGAAAGUAUGUAUUGUUUGAGAUGAAAACUCUUUAGAGAGGAAUUGCGAGAAGACAUAACUCAUAAGAAAUUUAAGAAAAAAAAAUUAAAACCCUCGGAAAAAAAAACAGACAAUUAUGACCAUCGAAUUGUAGCUCCUCGCUUUUUUAAAAACUAUGAAAAUGUACGUUUGUUACUUUAAAUGGAAUGUGCUGUUCGAAAAAGAAACUAUUCAGAGAAGAGUUGCCAAAUAUUAUUUUCUUGAUGACAUAAAUAUUCAUAGCAAAAAUAUCUUUUAUCCCUUAUAUCAUAAAAACAGAAAAAUCUGACCGUUAAAUUGAAAAAAAAAAU